AGCCUCCUCAGCCAACCAUUAGAAGCAGAGCGUAGAAUACUCCUUUUAGGUUUUUCUUUGUAUCUGACUGUAUUUUUCAGUAAUUCAAACAGUGAUUGAAGCAUGUAAUUAGACUACAGGUUUUAUGCUAACUCAAACAUGCUUUUCCUUCCAAGUGACCACAGUAAGUGUAACUGAAAUAGUUAUCAUACAUCUGUCAGGUAGUACAAUGUGCAGCCGGGACGUUUAUUUACAUUUUCAAAGUGUUGCCGUGCUUUUUACAAAGCGCACAGCUAAGCGUUGCUUUACUGUGGUGGGAAUAAGCCCAUUUGCACCGCAGGGAAACGUAGGCAUCUGUGGGACUGCUCGUAGCCUGUUCCCAGUAAUCCCGAGGUGUACCGUGUUUGUAGAGAACUGCUGUGCUAUCUCCUUUAUUUAGGUUACCGCGUUUCUUUUUGGAGUUUCGCCGCUCUGCGUGCCUUCAUUCAGCCCUACGUUUCCUUGCAGUGUCUCUUAUUAUCAUAAACAUUUUGAAUGUCUUGGAGCUCAUUAUCAUCUCUCUCAGAUUUAACUCGUUUGCUCUCCAUUUGCAAUGCUGCUGACAGCACUAUAAUCCUCUGUCGCCUGGGGCAGUAAUUUGGGAGUAGCCCUCUUUUUUUCUCUUCUCCUUGAAUCCACAGUCAUGUUUUAUUCAUAUCCUUCUUCUUCCUUGUCCAAACAACAUUUCCAAGAUCACAUUUUCUUUUUCAGUCUUUACAAAUAAAGUUUAGGCCUGUGUCUGUCAUCUGGAGUACUUCAAGUACCUCCUCCCUCCCCUCCUGAUAUUCGUGUCUCUGCGAUCUGCUUAAAAUACGGCUGGGAAGAUUUUUCAGUAGUCUGCUUGACUGCUAGCUUCCCUCAUCAACUUCACGUUCAUUGUCUUUGAGUCCGAAAAAUCUGCAUCUUGAAUUUCCACAACGUGCUCUUCUUUCGCCCUGCUACUCGUGGUGCUCCAGUCUGUCCUUUUUUCCUCUACCACUGCACUUGUGUUUCGGGUCAGAUUCUUCUUUUUGAUUUAGGAAACUUCUGAGUGUUACCAUAUGAUAUAUGGUGAUCCUACUACAUGAGAAAAUCAUUGCACAUCUGACUUUUCUUCAUGUUGUUAGGUAUUGUGCUCUGCUUAUACAGAUGAACUGCAUUUUUAUCUAACGAAGCGGACAAGGAUGCAUGCUAUCUUUUUUUUUUUUUUUUUUAAUAGAGACCUGUGAAAAUUAUUUUGCUGUGUCUUCCCAAUUUGGUUCACUUGUCUGAUGACUGUACUUCCUUAUUCUGGAAUAAGAGAGGAGCACUGGUGACGCGCCUUAAGCUUUGUUGUUUCUAGGUCAAAUGAUUAGUUCUGUGACAAGACAGCAUGACACUUUGAAGUAUGACAGAACCCCUGAUGCCGCAACAGAGGCUGGGAAUAUUAAUGGCCAAAUCUAGAGAUCACAUGGUCUUCUAAAGAAGUCAUGGGUAGCUGUUGUAGCUGUCCAGAUAAAGAAACUGUCCCAGAUAACCAUCGAAACAAGUUUAAGGUUAUUAACGUGGAUGAUGAUGGUAAUGAGCUGGGUUCUGGCAUAAUGGAACUUACCGAUACAGAACUAAUUUUGUACACCCGUAAAAGGGACUCUGUAAAAUGGCACUACCUCUGUCUCCGUCGCUAUGGCUAUGACUCAAAUCUUUUCUCUUUUGAAAGUGGUCGAAGAUGUCAAACUGGACAAGGAAUCUUUGCCUUUAAAUGUGCCCGUGCAGAAGAGCUAUUUAAUAUGUUGCAAGAGAUAAUGCAGAAUAAUAGCAUAAAUGUGGUAGAAGAACCAGUAGUAGAAAGGAAUAACCAUCAGACUGAGUUGGAAGCUCCAAGAACCCCUCGAACGCCUACCACUCCUGGGUUCAAUGCACAAAGUUUACCUAACGGCUAUCCCAGAUACCCAUCUUUUGGAGAUGCUUCAUCACAUCCUUCCAGCAGGCACCCUUCUGUCGGAAGUGCACGCCUCCCCUCUGUCGGUGAAGAAUCAACACAUCCUCUACUUGUAGCAGAGGAACAAGUGCACACUUACGUCAACACUACUGGGGUACAAGAGGAGAGAAAAAAUCGAUCAAGUGUGCAUGCGCCACUGGAAUCAAAGCUUUCAAACACUGAAACAACUAAAGUGAAAGAAGAUCAGAUUUGUACUGAUGACAAAGAUGCUCAGGUUCUCCUGGAGCCUGAAGGAGUCAAGUUUGUUUUAGGACCAACACCUGUUCAAAGGCAGUUAAUGGAAAGAGAGAAACUGGAGCAACUUGGGAGAGACCAAGUUAGCGGCAGCAGCACAAACAACACUGAAUGGGACACUGGAUACGACAGUGAUGAACGUAGAGAAACACCAUCUGGUAACAAAUUGGUGUAUGAAAAUAUAAAUAGGUUAUCAAUCCCUAGUGCCUCAGGGGUCAGAAGAGGUCGUUUGACAUCAACCAGUACCUCAGAUACCCAGAACAUUAACAACUCUGCUCAGAGGAGAACUGCGCUGUUGAACUAUGAGAACUUGCCAUCCUUGCCUCCUGUUUGGGAAGCCCGCAAGCUGAGUAGAGAUGAAGAUGACAGUUUAGGACCAAAGACCCCAUCUUUGAAUGGCUACCACAAUAACCUAGAUCCAAUGCAUAAUUAUGUCAAUACGGAGAAUGUAACAGUACCAGCAAGUGCUCACAAAAUAGAAUUUACACGACGUCGGGACUGUACCCCAACAGUCUUUAACUUUGACAUUAGGCGUCCAAGUUUAGAACACAGGCAGCUCAACUAUAUACAGGUUGACUUGGAAGGUGGUAGUGACUCCGACAACCCUCAGACUCCAAAAACCCCCACCACUCCACUUCCGCAAACUCCAACCAGGCGCACAGAGCUGUAUGCUGUGAUAGACAUUGAACGAACUGCUGCUAUGUCAAGCUUGCAAAAAGCACUGCCCCGAGAUGAUGGUACUUCUAGGAAAACUAGACAUAACAGUACUGACCUGCCUAUGUGAGCCUGGGAAGCAUUAGAUCAUUUGCACCUUUUGUGAAGUUUAUAAAAUUGAAGAUGCAAGUACUUUGCAUUUCUUAACACUAACGCCUUUUAUAGACUAAUAGAACUUUUUCUGCAUAUUUCAUGUACUUGUCUAACUAAAGGGAAUUAAUGUAGAGCAAGUAUUCAUUUAGGUAACACUAUUUCAUUCUACAGUAGUAGUAAUUACUGCAUAGCAGCAUCACCACCUUUCACAGUGCCUCUUUAAAUUGAUUAGAGUCUGAGUGACAUGCCAGUUUUGAAUUUAUAAAUAUUCUGGUCUGGUGCCUAUAGUCAUUAAUGGCAUUUAUAACAGUUUUUAAAGCCUCUUGAUAUGUGUGUUUAUUAGCAGGUAAACCUAAUCUUUCAAGAUACAUAUCUACAUUCAUUCCUCAUUGACGUGGCUCCUUCAGAAUGAAGUGUAUGUAAUUCAUUAAUUCACUCAGUUUGAUGUACACCAGAUAUAUUGGUUCAUCUCAAGGGAUAUAAGCACCACACGUUUUUGUCGGUUUUCUUUUUUUUUUUUUCCUUCAAAGACCACAUGGGUAAGAAGGCAUCUAAUUCCCGAUAGUUUUAAGUUGUGUGAUGUUUGGGAGGUCACAUCGAAGUUUGUUGAUCAACAUUAUGAACACAUCUAAUCCCAGCCUUAAGCUACUUCAGCUAGAAGAGAAUUCCAAGUGGCAUAUCAAGUUCCCUGUGAAAUCAGACAGAAUUUUAAUCUCAUUAGUUUUUUUGUGAAGGAAUUCACAGGUUGGCUAUAUGAAUUAAGGCUCUUUUAUCAUUUCUUAGUUCAGUGUGCCUUCCUUUCUUUGCAUCUGUGCUUCUUUUUAUCUGUUCCGUAACGUUUUAAGAGUCUAAAUUUUGUACAUAGCUUUAAUUAUUGUUCAGGGUUGUGUAUGUGUUUGUCUUACUCUCUGCAUUUGUCAAAGAAAGACUCUUGAAGGUCAAAUGUUUGUCUUUGUCUAGUGUUCUACUUUUUUUAUGCCUGACGGAAAUAUCCCAGCUCUCCAGCAGCAUGCAUUAUUGCACAACUGGAAAGGUUUAUUAUGCAGUCAUUGUCUUCCUCUAAAGCAUCAGACACAGGUUACACGGGAGGCAGGGUACUGGACUUGAUAGUUCUUCAUAGAAAAUUGCACAUUCUAGCAAUGUGCAUCCAUAGUUGAUAGUAUACUUUAAUUUAGAAAGAGAUGUAGUAAAUUAUCUGAAGGUAGUAUUAUCUAUGAACAUACUUCUUUUGCAGUUGGUGAACUUGGUUACAAUAAUAGCUGCUCAGUGUUACAGGUACAUCCAGGUGGAAUGUCGUUUGAGUAUGCCAGACGCACCCUUAGCAGAACUUUCUUCUUUUUUUCUUUUUUUUUUUUAUACUCUGAAUAAUUUUAGAAUUCUGGCAGUAUUGCAGGUGCACCUUGGUACUGGCAGCAGAAGAGAUUACUCUUGAGCCUGUGAUUGCAAAGGAACUGACGCUUGUGAACUGGUGCGAUGUAAUAUAACCCUUGAACUGUGUGAGGAAAAACAUGCAAGAAAAGCCAUCUGAAGAUCUGGAAAAGAAAUAAGGGUCUUCAUGCAAUAUUUAAAUUUAAGUUUUAUUAAAAAAAUAUAUAUAUUUUCAGGUUUUUAAAUUGGAGUGUAUCCCUGUUCCUUUGUUAACGUUUUCUCUGUGCUUCUCUCAAUUUAGUAGUGGCAGCAGUGGUAGCACCUGAAGUAUGUGUUUCUUGCCACAUCAUUAAGGGAUAUCAGGCAGCCUUUUAACUCUGAAAAACUUUACAGACUGUAUGGUACUGAAAUACCAGAUGCACAAAGAACAGAAUUUACAGAAGUAAGAGAUGGGAGUUGUUGAGACCAUUACGAGGAACUUAAAUGAGAUAAAUAAUAAUAAUUCAUUAAUAAUCUCACUGUCAACCUAUGCAUACUCCUGUGAUAGACUUGUUGACUUGUGGGGAGAACUUGGUACUCAAGAAGGUAAAGGCUACCGUAUAGGUAGAGAUUCUUACAGGUCUGCAGUGUUAAUGCUCCUUCACAUCUUUGCCAUUGCUUCGCCUUAUGCCAAGGAACAGUCUUGUACUGAAGAGAAAUUACCAGGUGUUGCAAAAUAUUUACCGGUUGAUGAUACUGGUGUGAUUCUUGUUCUUAGUUUAAGAACAUGAAUUUAAGUUCACUUAAAUAUGUGAGCCAGCCUAAUGCUUCAACAUGUGUUUUGAGGCAAAUGUGUUUGAUCUAGCUAGCUGCCUAGAAAUAUUUGGUCCUCAUCGGUAUAGUACAGGUGUCUCAUAAAUACUGAUUAACUGAAUCCUUAAAACAUUCCUGUGAGGCAGGAAGAUAAUAGUCUUAACUGACAAAUAGGGAAACAGAGGUUUACGGUAGAUCCUAAGUGACUUGCCAAAAUUAAAGGAAACAUAUCCCCCUUUAGUUCUGGUGCACUGUCCCAUACAUUUAUCCUGAAUAGUAUCAGAUACAAGAGAUGGUCUGAGUAUUUUUUUUUAUUUUUUUUAUGUUGCAAGUUUCACAAUACUUCAUUACGGAUGUUUUCUUAGCUGUGGCCCCCAGAAUUCAGAACAUAUUGAGGUUCUUGUGAUUUCUGAAUGCAUAGUCUUGGCAUUUUUUUUAAUAUUCUAAAUGAAAUAUGCACCAAGCAGAGUUAAGCAAAAACCUUCUGUAGUCUUUAUUAACCAAUCUGGUACCAUAUUUUCUAGGACUUUUUUUUUUAACCCUCUUUUAUUCUACAGAUGGGAUAAUGCUUUCUUGUUGCAAACACACUGGUUAGUCCCUGUUAUCUGCACUGCUCAUCUUUAGCAUUCUUUUUUAUUUCUUUAUUUUAUGCCCCUUGAAGUAGAUGUAGUUGCAAUGCACUUUACCCUAUGAGACUUGGUAAAUAUUUUUUCAGUUCAGUCUCUUUAAAGGUUGUGAUUUUAGAUUUAGUGUCUGUAAUCUAGGGUUCAGUUUUCAGCUGAAAUCUCACUACAGUGUUUGAUCAUAUUUAUAUUUUGGACCCACAGGUAUAUAGACUGGGAAACAAAUAUGUAACAAAUUUCUUUAGUAACUGGGAUCUGUUAAGUUUCCAUACACUAGCUCCUGCAAAAAUGGCAACAUCGCCUUCAGGUCUACUAUUCAUCCAUAGCAUGCAACUGGCUGCUACAAGCACAUUUGACGAAGAAAAGCCUUUAAUUAUAGAUAUUCCUUCAGUGCAAUGAUUUAUGAAAGACAUACGUUGGACUGUAUCUUUUUAAGAAGGAAAUUGAAUUGAUAAAAAAGACGUAGCAGUGACCAAAAGUAGGCAAUAGAUAUUGUACUGGAAAUACAGUUGGCGAGAAUCUAAUCCAUUGGUUAUAUCACAAAAAUAUUUUUUCUCAAAUUGAUCUGAAGUGGCAGUCUGAUUUUAGUUUUGUGGUCUUUGUCAGUGACUCCAGAAAACAAUAUAAAAACGAUCAUUCUGAAACCUUUAGCUCUAAUUGUAACAUUUUUCCCCUGAUAAGUAAGUUUUGCAUAUGGUAAGUGUUAAGUGUAAUGGUGUGCAUUGAAGCACUACUCCUAUUAAACUCUACAAAAUUUUUGUAGAAAUCUGAAAUGUUUUAAGGAUAUAUCAUAAACUCCUUAAUUCCUACCCCCCUUCCUUGCCCCCAGAUACUUAAAACAUUCGUCUGUGUUUAAACCUCUGAUGAGGGCUUUAUUCUAAAAAGGGCCACAGAAAGGUCUAAGCUAUAGAAAGUCCAAAACAAUGUCAAAACAGGGCUGCUCUUUUGCAGGUGACGGGCCAGCAGUUGGUUUUGCUGGAUUUAUGACAGUGUAUUGGCUCAGAAUAUGUUUUAUGUAUAGCCACUUCAUGCUGAGACAGAAUCACAAUAUUGCAGACUGUCUCCACUGUUGGGGAAUUUAAAAUGCAAGUUCUGAUUAACUUCAGUUACUACUUUGAGCAUAGAAUAUGAGCUGUGUCUGAUUUGGACCUCUAUUUCUAAGCAGUAUUCUCUUUGUGUAAGGUGGGAUCAAUGGUGAAAAUCCAGUUUUUGCACUGUACUAAUUUAUUUAGUGGCUACAAAUAAGAUAAAGCUGGUUUAGUAGGAUCUAAUAGUGGACUCAGAUCAGAAAUUUUCCAGUAACCCCCAAGAAGCCAAAAGAAAUUUGGUCCCGCAGUUUGACAGAUAGAAUUAGGUGUUUUUAGAAUUUAAUUAUAAGAACUUUUCCCAUCUUUUCUUUGAGGUAGUAAUUCAGGCAUUUAUAUUUGACAGUAUUUACUUAAUAUAAAUCUAAGUUCAUUUACAAUAUCUUUAUUUUAAAUUCAUAAACACUCCAGAAAAGAAAAGAAAAAAAACACCAACAAAACAACCACCAACAAAAUCCGGAAGAAAUUCCACCACAAAAGACUGCGUUAAGAUGGAGUCAAGGUUGCUGAUGUCCUUCUUGCAUAGCAUAUAUUGAAAAGAUGGGAAGUCAUGAGCUAAUGUUCUUUCACAAUCUUUAGAAAUUGCUUCCUCUUUUGGACAAGAUAAGUGAAUAAGAAAAAAAUCUUAGCAGCUGUAACUCUGACCAUGUGUAUAUUAUAUCUUGUAAUAUUGUGCUGUAAGGUAUGUGACUAAAUCUGUCAGGUGUCUUAUGAGGAUAUUAUCCUAAUGUGGUGUUUACUCCAGAUUAACGCAGUAUUUUGUUUGGAAAUGUGUAGGUGUACAGAUAGAAUAUGAGAUACAAAGUUACCUUUAAAGUUGAUGAAACAAGUGUUGGACAUUUCUAUAUUUUUAUAUAUCACAAAGGGCAUUUUGAAAAAUUUCUUGCAGUUUUAGUAAUUAUUUAGUGUGGUAAUAUACAUAUAUUGUGACAAUGUUUUCUGAUAUAUCCAUUACUUUGGUGUAAUUCUAUUUUAUGUAGCAAAUAUGUGUAUAUACAAAGGAGAUUAUGUAAAAAUAUGAUUCAGAAAUAGGCUCGAGCCCUUUGGAACAGGGACCGUCUUCCUCUGUGUCUGCAAAAUACUUACUUAAUGCCUUGGGGUCCCAGCCACAGCUCAUGACUGAGACCCGUGGUGACUGAACUGUCAAGAGAUGAACGUGGAGGAGCAGCUCCUCUGCUAUCCAUGAGAAGCCUUAGCACGAAGGUGCCAUGAAGCUCACCUUGCCGCUCGCUGAUGCUGGGGCUGUGCCAUACGUGGUUAUUCCCAACCACCUGCCAACAACCCAGACCCCGGAGUCGGCGUGUCCUGUUCUCCAGUCCUUCCCUUUGGCAGUAGAAAAGGAAGUCUGAGGUAGGAGCUUUGAUGUCAUCAGGGAAUCUUCCUUGCGAGUGUUUGGGCCUCACGCAGCACCCUUUGAAGCCACACGAGUGGUUCGUAUUGGCUUCGAGGGCCCCUGGAUGUGUUCCUACAAGAUCAAGUUCUGCUGACAUAACAGCUCUGUUACACCUGAGGACCUGGUUGGUCAAGUUCUUCAGGAAUGGUCUAAAAAUAUUGUAAAAAUAUAAAUAUAUUUAAUUACGUGUACUGAAAAAAAAUCCUAUUUGUUGUGGUCAGAGUUCAGAUUACUAUGUGAAUUUUGAUUUCUUAGUCAUACUUGCAUAUAUAUUGCUUUAACUAUUAUGUAUGAAAGAGGAAGUGAUUCUAAAGUGUGUGAAAGAUCAGGAUUACACCUGUAUUUUUAAUGUUUGUGUUAUUUAGGAAUGGAUGUCAGCAAAUUUAACUCCAUAUUAAUGCAGUUUUUUUGCAUUAGAAUAUGUGUGUAUAUCAUACACCCACAUUUUAUAUAUAAUAUAUUAUAUAUUUGGUACUAACUUUGUAUUUUCCCUGAAAUUUGCCAAAUCCCAAACACAAAUGUUCUCACUUGUAAGACUUUGGUACUUAAUAACUGAAUGUAUACGAAAUGCUCUGGUAUGAAAGAAAGUAGUGUUGUACGGUAUCCCACAACCAUGCAGAUGUCUCAACCAGCAGGCGUGUUGCCUUUUUCGUGAGUUACAUCUCAUUCCACUGCAGCAUCACUUUACGUCUCCUGAAAAAUUGUCUGUGUUUUAACGAAACUGCAGACCUGCCCUUACAGUACAGCUGACUACACUUCUAGCAGGAAAGCUGGCUGGUAGGAGUAAGAAUACAAUAGUCACCAGUGUGCCACAAAUGCAUUUUUUUAAAUGCAGAAAUACACAUUUCUACAAAGGCCAAAAUCUUAUGUUGUAUGUUCCUUUCUUGUCAUUACAUUGUAUGAUAUUGUAAGAUUAUUGUAUGUCCUAAUUUGCAUUAUAAAAUGUUUUUUCCUACUUUAAAGGCAUAAAUAUAGCAACUUUGUAUAAAGGUAGCUUUCUAGAUUUUUAUUUCUUUUAUAUAAAAAAGUCUAAACAGUGGGAGUAUCAUUGCCAAAUUGUUUAUAAAAUUUCAAUUAAUUUGCCCUGUUCAAUGGAUUUGUUUUUACAAACAUUCCGUAUUUCUUUUAUGAAAAAGUUAUAUUAUACUAUGCAGAAAGAGUGUAUUUUUAUGCCAUUCCACGUUAAUCUUAAAAAAUAACUUGUUUUAAGCUGUCAUGAUUGAGAGAGCUUACCAAAUGUGCAUUUUUAAAAGAUGUGUUAUGUACUAUGACAACGUUUCCCUCUUUACCAGUGCCAACUUCAUUUGGAAAGAAAAAAAAAUUGUAGCAUGGCAAUAAACUAUUGAUUUUACA